AGACCAUGCGACGCCAACGGUAAUUUUCUGGAAGACCCUCACGCACCACCCCCACCGCGCAAUGACCCACCAGAUUUUGAGCCAUUCGCCGACCGCCCAUCCUUCGAGUACGCAGAAUUGAUAUUCGAAAAAAUGCUCACUUCGGAAGGCGAUAUCGACCACCUUCUCAAGAUCUGGAAAGCAAAGCGCAUCCUCGAUGGCCACGAUCCCGAGACCGACCCUGGCUUCGACUCGCACAGCGACCUCUUCGACACCAUCGACUCUAUCCCAUAUGGCGACACUGCCUGGUCUGCGUUCUCUAUCCAGUACACGGGGCCUGUCGGACCUGAUGCUCCUUCUUGGAAGCGAGAACGAUAUGUUGUGUACCUACGUGACUCGCUCCACGCCGUUGAGAACAUGGCUAGUAGCGCCGACUUCCAAGGGUCCUGGCAUACACGUCCGUACCGUCAAUGGAACGAGCAGGGUACGCGUGUGUAUUCGGACGUCCUAUCGGGACACUGGGCGUGGAAACAGGCCGACUCAAUUGCUGCAGACCCAGCAACACAUGGCGCCAUGUUCACACCUGUCUGCCUUGCUGCAGACAAGACUACAGCUUCAGUAGCUACUGGGCAUCAAGAAUUCCACCCCGCAUACCUGAUGGCGGGCAACGUCACGAACGACAUGCGUCGGGCACAUCGUGACGCCGUCCUCCCCAUUGCGUUCUUACCGAUACCGACAGCCGAGACAGAGCACGAUGACACCGACGAGUUUCGGCUCUUCAAGAAACAGAUCUACCAUGCGGCGCUCAAACAAAUCUUCGAGCCCUUGCGACCUGGCAUGACGACACCACACAUCAUGCGAUGUCCAGAUGGACACUACCGCCGCGCUAUCUUCGGCAUAGGCCCCGUUAUUGCCGACUACCCGGAGCAAGUGUUCAUGUCUGGCAUUGUCCAGGGGUGGUGUCCGAAAUGUCAAGCUCUUCCUGACGACCUCGACCACAUUGGUGUCCCUCGGUUCUGCGAGCAUACCCGCUUGCUCCGAGAUACGUACGAUCCCGGCACACUUUGGAAUGUGUUUGGUGUGCCUUUCACAGAGCACUUUCCACGCGCUGAUAUACAUAAAUACGGCCCUCCGGGCGGACCUGGCCACGCCACGCGAUACAUUCGCGUAGACCUCAUUACCUGA